AUGGCCAACUACUCUACCCCCUUCAAACCUCAAGAUCCAGAUGAGAUCAAUGGAUUAAUGGAGCUCCUCAACCGUACCCAAGCAGGGAAGAAGGGUAGUGCCCGAUUUUUCUGCAAAAAGAAAACCUACCAAGUCGAAGGCUCCCCUAUACCCGUUGACUCCUGGAAGUUCCUGGACCAUGAGUACAAGAAGAAGGUUCUGCCUACCUCUGCCAGAGGUCUAUUCACCUGUAAAAAUCCCACCACGGGGGAUUGGGAAAUCGCCAGCAGGGGCUACGACAAGUUCUUCAAUAUCAACGAGGUUGACAAGACAAAGUGGACCUGGAUUGAAGAGAAUACGAACGCCCCGUACGAAUUGACUGUUAAGGAGAAUGGAUGCAUUAUUUUCAUCUCGGGAUUGCCAGACGAUACAUUGCUGGUUUGUAGCAAACACUCACUGGGACCUGGGCUUGAUCCGGACAAGUCUCACGCCGUUUUUGGGGAGAAGUGGGUGGAUCGGCAGCUGGAGAAGCUCGGAAAGUCUAGAGCCGAGUUUGCUAGGGCCUUAAGGGAGGCGAACGUUACUGCUGUGGCCGAGCUUUGCGAUGACACCUUCGAGGAACAUAUUCUCCCAUACGAAGAUGACCGGGCAGGGUUAUAUCUUCACGGUGUGAAUCUUAGACUUCCAAAGUUCGCAACUUACUCUGCGGCAGAUGUGAAAAGGUUUGCACGAGAUUGGGGUUUCAAGGUGGUAGACUCGCUUGAUAAGCCAGAUGUCCAGAGCCUUCGGGACUUUCUCGAGGAGACCGCCGAGACUGGGUCGUGGGAUGGCAAGGACGUUGAGGGUUUUGUUAUCCGGUGUAAGGCCCGCGAUGGGCCCGAUGGGGAAUGGCACGAUUGGUUCUUUAAAUACAAGUUUGAGGAACCAUAUCUUAUGUACCGUCUCUGGCGCGAAUGCACCAAGUCAAUGAUCGGUGGCGAGAAACCUAAAAUUAAAAAACACAAGGCUAUAACCACCGAAUACCUAAAGUUUGCUGAAAAGUAUUUCAGGGAGCACCCCGAAGCAAAAGAGAAAUACGAAGAAAAUCACGGUAUUAUCAAACUGAGGAAUGCCUUUUUGGAACACAGGGGGCAGAAAGGCAGUGAUAUCAUUAGAGAAGAGGUGGGAGAAGAUACAGAGAGUGAAGGUGCAGACGGAGGGAACACCCAAAAGGACAAUGUGGUUCUGGCCUCUAUUGCUACACUCGGCUGCGGUAAAACCACCGUUGCGCAGGCACUUCAUGAGUUAUUCGGCUGGGGUCAUGUCCAAAAUGACAACAUUACGGGGAAAACGGGAAAGGGGCGGGCGUUUGCAACUGCUAUCUCUAACGCCUUGAGAAAACACCCGGUCGUCUUUGCUGACCGGAAUAACCACCAAUUCCGCGAACGAGAGCAGCUCAUCAAGGAUGUAUCGAAACUAAAUUACAAAGCCACUUUUGUGGCAAUCUACUACGCGCACCCAGAGGAUCUAAUGGGCGAGAUCGAGAAUACUACAGCAGCCCGAGUAUUUGGUCGUGGCGAUAAUCAUCAGACUAUCCGAGCAUCGACCCAAUCCAGGCGAUCAGUCGAAGGUAUCAUGAAGGGUUUCCUCCAAAGGUUCCAGGGCCUUGACCCCAGACGCCUCCCUGACUCCGAUUUCAACGCUACUAUAGAAUUGAACCCCCAAGCAGACUCGAGGGAAAACUUGGAGGUAGUGGUCACCGGGCUCAAGAGACAUUACCCCAACCUGAUCCCUGAACUUCCAACACCAGAGGAUUACGACAGAGCCAUCUCGGCUGCGCUCAACUACGCACCUUCACGUCACACCGCUUCCCAUAAUACCCCUCGAUUCUCCCAACCAAGGGGCGAAGCGAAAAGUGCAGUUUCCCCCGGGGAGACCCCCUCCGCCACAGGACCAGGGGAGGCUCCAAAGCAGGAAGGGAAGCAGUCUGUGCGUAAUCCUAAGCGCAAGCGAAUCGACUACUUUGGCAUCCUUGUCCCAACCCAAGAAGUAUACGCAGCGGUCAACUCGGCAUUUGAAGCUCAACCCGAGCGCAUCCGCGGAUUCUGGAGAGAGCUCAAUGCGAACGAUAGGGUCCAAAAAACCUUCCAUGUCACCCUUUGCCACACAUCCAGCCAGGCAAAACAGCCCGAGAUUUGGAAGAAGUACAUGGACCUCCUCCAGUCCAAGGGCGGAGAACUAUCUACCAUCCUCGGGAGGGGCGAUGUAGAGCUCCACUCAAUGGCCUGGGACGGGCGGGUGAUGGCAGUGAGGGUCCUGUUGCCAGAUGAGUGGGAGUGUGCUAAUGAGGCUCCGCACAUUACCAUCGGCACUGCAAAUUCCUCUAUCAAACCUGUUGAGUCCAAUAAAAUGUUGGAGGCGUGGAGUCUGGGGAAUAAUGAUAUCUUUUCGUUGGAGCUGCAGGGGAUUAAGGUCAAGGGAGAGGUUAAACCUUUUGGUAAGGUAGAUAGAUAG